UUUAUACACGUUUCUUAUAACGAUCGGCUUGUUUAUGUGAAAAGCUAUAACACUUAUUUUUGUCUAAUAAAAGGAUCAAAGUUUAAAGGGUGCGGGGAUACGGAUCGAACGUUCGCGUUCUAUUUCUGAGCACGUACGUUUACCGUGUUCUUACAGGCGCCACUCAUUUCGAACUACAACAUGCGUGAACGCGGCCGCGAGGGAUCAAUCGUAGCUGCCACUAUAGCUGCGUUGCAUAGCCGUUCGGCUAUUGAUGUUAAAUCUCAACUGGUCAAUCCACGUCCAACCACCGAAGUGGACAGGAACGUGUUUCGAUCUCCAAGAAAUAUCAUUCCUGACGAUCAAUUGAGACGGGUAUCUGUGAUCAGUGAGCGCCCUUUAUCAACAGCAUCAGAAACGUCAGAGCGCGAUUCCGCGUCCAUUCAAUCCAGCGAGGAACCUCCCUUACACGAGAGCGGUGACUCGGACAGUCCAGAUGAAACGACAGUGAAAUGUUCGGGAUGGACGGAUCGUACUGCACCAGCUCAGCGAGCUGAUUCUUCUGAUUCAGACACUUCUUCGAGUGAAGAUGAUGACGAUUCGGAUGGCCAAGAAUAUGUGACGCGUGACCAUGAUGCAGAUUACCGCACUCUUACGCCUAAUAGACGUUCUGAUAAUAGUACACGAUGUGAUGGGGAUUUUAAAUGGAUGCCGAGCGUAGACAUGAUGGAAGAUACUGGAGAUAUGCAUUCAGUCGGUUCUCGUGGUAAUAAUUGCAAUUCAGCAAGCUUAGAGAGAAGGCGUCGUACGCCAAGUGACCGGGGAGAACGUGACCGUAAAACAAGGUCAUCGUUGUCAACAAAACCGCCACAGCAUCCGUCGGUCCCACGGGUAUCUCCCCGGCCGCGUCACUCGAGAAAUGAAGAAACACCACCUGAACUGCAGCGACGUUGGAAUUCUUAUGAACAUUUUCGAUGGCCUGAAGGCGGAUGGUGGCCACCUAUGUGUUGGUGUCACGGUCCGCCCCCGCCACCUCCUUGUUGUAUGCAUGAACAUAAUAAUUGGCCGUCACAUCCAUCCCUAGCACCGGUUCCUUCUCGUCCGUUUAAGAAUGACGCGGAAGAUCGAGUGCGGCGGCUGGAGGCGGAUAAGGAGAGCUUACAGCUACAAGUGCAGGUUUUGUCAGAACAAAUUGCGGCACAGACGGAGAAGAUGACGGACCUGGAGCGAUCUCUACACGAUGCGAGGCAGCGACUAGAUGAUACUGAACAAAGACUGCAAAAGGAAAUGCUGCAGCGUUCAUCGCUCGAGACGCAAAAGUUGGAAUUGCUGUCGAAGUUGAGCGAAGUUCGGUUGCGGGCGGCCGAGCGGGGCGUGCUGGAGCGCUCGCCGCCGCCCGACGCGCCCGUACCACGCCCGGCACCGCCGAGGACGCCGCCCGCGAACUACGGGCGGCAGAUCGAGCGCAACACGCACGCGUACUCCUCAUUACCGCGCUCGUCGGUGCUGGCGACGGACGCGCGGCUCGCGUUCGGUAAACACAUCAACAACAUGGUGGUGGCUCGCGGCCGCGGACAAUCGGUGCCGAACCUAGCUGAGAAAGAGGACGCCAUACCACGUGGUAGUCCAUCACCAUCGUUACGGGAGGUUCGAGCUCGGCUGGGUAGUGGGAGUGUGAGGCUUGAGGGGGAUGAACUGUCACGAUCUUCGUUACGUGCGUCUGCGCCUAGGCAACGGCCACAGACUAUGCCCUGGCAAACAACAGACGUGCGCCAAUGGGACUGCGACACGACAUGCGGUUGGCUAGAACACCUCGGUCUAGACGCAUACACACCAGCGGCACGUACUUGGCUCGGCUCUUCGCCGGACGCUCGCGGUGUUAUCGCAUCUGCUUCACCAGCGAAUAUAGAAAAGGAGCUAGGGAUAAAACAUCCAAUGCAUAAGAAGAAGAUUGUGCUCGCUAUUACUGAUCUUUUGGGUGGUCACGGCGACGCGAUGCUAACGGCAGCUGGUCGACUGGACACGGCGUGGGCGCUGCGGUGGCUGGAGGACGUGGGCGUGUGCGGCGCGCGCGCGGCUGCGGCCGAGGCGGCGCUCGACGCGCGACUGCUGCACCGCCUCACGCACUCCGACUUAUAUAACCACCUGCGGGUCACGCAUGCGCUGCACGCACUCUCUAUCAGGAGAGGCAUCCAAGUGCUCCGCGACAACAAGUUCAACCCGGACACGAUGAUACGUCGCGCGGCAGAAGGGGAAGUGGCCCUCGUUGGUUCAGACAUGGAGGGCGACAGCGGGGGUGCGGCGACAGCUCUGGGGGGCGCGGGGAGCACACCCGCGUCAGAGUUAGCACGCUGGUCGUCGCAUAGAGUCAUGCAGUGGUUGAAAGAGAUUGAUUUAGCGGAGUACGCGCCUAACCUGCGUGGGGCGGGUGUUCACGGAGGUCUUAUGUUACUAGAGCCACGUUUUACAGCCGAGCUGCUCGCGGCGCUCCUCAAUAUUCCCGCCAACAAGACGUUAUUACGGCGACAUCUUACACAGAGAUUUAACGAUCUAUUAGGACGGGACGUAAUACAACAGAAGCGUAACGCCGAACAAACGUUGGGUUACCAACCACUCACUGCUACUACCAAAUAUAAGGUGCCAAAGAGGAGUCAAUUCUCGCUAAAACGCAAGAAGAGCCGCGAGGAAGAUCUAGGCGAGCUCGUGUGUCCGCUGCACGACGACUGCUCAGGUGACGCGGGUGACGGUACGACGAGAGCAAAAUCAGCGGCAGCCGGCGAGUCGGGUGCCUGUCCCCCGCGUGACGUCACUCGCGGCCACUAGCCCGCGCCGCUGCGUGUGUGCGUCGGCGCCGAGACCGUGCUCUAGCGCGCGCACGCAGCGGACACAAGCGCAGCGGCGGACACGUGCGCGCGUGCCGGCGUCCGGGACGCU